UCUGUAUGAAGUCUGUCAACUGUGAAAAUGUUUCUGCUUAUUCGCAGAAUGGGUACUGUUGAAGUACCAGUCUCUUUUUAUUCGUAUGGAAACUUUGAACAGUGUAUUUUUUUCUUAGACUGUGCUGGAAACUUCACUGCUGUUUAGGUCUGAAGUCUCAUGGUCAUCCAAGCACACUUUUAUCACAUUAAUAUUAUAAUAUCUCACCUAUUGCUUACACCACUCUAGACAUGGAGUGGACUUCCAGUGAAGAUGAAGACCAGGAACAGAUUCAGCUCAAAGCUAUUAGACCACACAGAGCAGUGAAAUUUGAUCUGACAGAAACAAAUCGAGAAGACUUAGAAGCUCAGCGUUACCAUGAGCCCAAACAAACGAAUGCCCUGCAAAGGAACAGUUGGUCCUCUUCAACCCAGAGGGUCCUGUCCUCCAUGCCUAGCCGCUCUAUCAGAUUUAAUCAGUCGACUGCGUUCUCCCGAUCCACCGAGUCGCGAAGAAGACGACCUCUUAGCUUUGUGUCUACCGCUCACUGCACCACAGACCAGGAUGUCUUCAGAAGGCAGCCAGACUGCCAAUAUAGUGUAACUCAAAAUGAAGACCUGCUAAACAAACUACAAGGUUUGUCUGCAGCUGAAUGUGUGCGGGUGUUGCGUGAAAUGCCUCUUAGUGUUUUGGAGAAGCGUCAGAUCAGAGCUUGGUUUGUCUUAUGGGAUGCUGGACAGCCUCUCUCUGCUAACAGAGUCCAGUGCUGCCAUCGGUUUAAAGCUUGGUUCUUGAAGGUUUUGUGUGGUGGCUGCUACGGAAGGGUCUCCCAGCAGAAAUCCAUACAGCUCUGGCAUGGAGUGCUUAAAAAGAUCAGCGCCCACUUUGGCACUGGGAUUCUAUCCUAUUUCAUCUUCCUCAGAAGACUGUUACAUUUCAACAUCCUCCUCUUCCUCAUCGCAGGCCUUUUCCUGGUUAUACCACAAAUCUCAAAUCCUUUUUCAUCACAAUACAAACCUGAAGCCACAGCUGACCUCUGGAUGCUUACUGGCAUGGGCAUUCUCACAGACUCUGUGAUGUUUUAUGGCCACUAUGCCACCAAUAACACCUGUCAAUUGGAAAUAAAACCAUGUUCAGACAAUUAUAACAUACCGCUGGCAUAUAUUUUUACUAUUGGAACAGGCAUGUUUAUCACAUUUGUGAUGCUUGUUUACAGUAUAUCUAAAUCAUUUGGAAAGAGUUCUCGCAUUUUCAAGACUACCGGUAACCUAGCUUUAAAGGUUUUCUGCUCUUGGGAUUUUAAAGUCAGCAAGAGACGGUCUGUUAAGCUGCAGUCGGUGAACAUCUGCAUUCAGCUGAAGGAGAUGCUGUCUGAGAUCAGCUGCAAAAAACAGAAGAGGAACUUGCAUUCGACUUUUGGCUGGUUGAGUCUACACUUUCUUGUAUGGACCAUUUGCCUGUUUUGCAUAGCUAUUUGCAUGCUGGCUGUAUACCACUUUCACCCUUACCUUGAACAGGAUAGUAAAAAGAAAGCUGUUGAUUUGCUGAAACUGCCUUUGGUCGUGUCUUGCAUCAGUCAUCUACUGCCUGGUUUCUUCGACAUGUUAUCCAGGGUAGAGCAUUACGCCUCCCCAAGCACUCGGAUUUAUGUGUCCAUUGCAAGGAACCUGUUGUUGAAGGGUUGCAUUUUUAGUGCGUUGUGUUACUACUGGCUCAAGACCAUUUCUGGCAAAGGACAAAAUACACGAGAGUGUUGGGAGACAUUGGUUGGUCAAGAGCUUUACCGUUUGGUUUUAAUGGAUCUGCUGUUUGCGAUGUCAUACAUCAUCUUGGCAGAGUUUCUGUGGGGGCUGUGUAUAAGAAACAUCACAUUAAGAAGAAGGAAACUGGAGUUUGACAUCGCACGGGAUGUUCUGGAGCUCAUCUACGGCCAAACGCUUGUGUGGUUUGGUGUGCUGUUUUCACCGCUGUUGCCUGCAGUUCAAAUUGGGAAACUGGUUCUACUCUUCUACUUCAAAAAGACGAGUUUGAUGAUGAACUUUCAACCACCCAGGAAACACUGGAGGGCCACUCAGAUGAGCUCAUUCUUCAUUAAACUCCUGUUUUUCCCCUCCUUCACUGGGGCCCUGGCAUGUGUUAUUUAUGCAAUGUGGAGGGUCACGCCCUCAUUAAAUUGUGGGCCCUUCAGUAACCUCCCCAGCAUGCUUCGCUUAGGCAAGGAGUGGAUCAAGAACCUGGGCGAGUCAAAACCCAAUAUGUUUUGGCUCAGCUGGGCUUAUAAUAACCUGGUGGACAACCCUUUGUUCCUCUUCAUCACUGCAGGCCUGUUACUUGCCAGUAUAUACAUUCACAUGCAAGUUUUGGAUGGCCAAAAGAGAAUCAUUGCUAAGUUACAAGAACAAAUAGACAAUGAGGGGGAAGAUAAGAAGUUCCUUAUAGCUAAACUGCAGGCCCUCAAUGAGGCAGGUGCUCAGAACUAAGAUGAAGGCACAUUCCACACCUUUCAACUUGCAGAGGUUGAUUUCCUUCUUGUGAACAGGGUUUUUUUCCAUGAACUUGUCACCUGCUGAUUACUAGUUUUAUCCAGGAAGGCUGAAUUCUACAGAAAUGGAUUCGGAAGAAUGCAAGA